CGCAUGGAGCCGCCCACGUUCGUGCAGAUCUUCAAGGACCAGCACGUGGCGACCGGCACGGACGCGCUGUUCCAGUGCAUCAUCGAUGGCAAGCCCAAGCCGACGGUGCAGUGGAUGUUCGAGGAUGGCGCUCUGCCGUCGGACAAGUUCGAAACGCAGUCGGAGGGCCAGCAUCACAUGCUGAAGAUCCGCUCCACGGAGAUGGGCCACAGCGGCCGGGUCAAGUGUGUGGCCGAGAACGAGAUUGGCAAGGCCACGUGCGCCGCACACCUAUCCGUCGAAGAGCCCGUGACCGACAUUUCGCUGCCUGUGACGGAACAGCGCAUUUCCACCGGGUCCAGCAAAGAGUCCUCCAAGUCCUUCGCUCUGAAGAAAACCAUGUAUACCGAAGUACAUGAGCAAACCCAGGUUGUCAACGGUGACAAGAAGCCCAAGCACGACGGGUUGGAGGAGCAGAGCCAGGAGGUUCACUCCAGUGUGACGGCCCCCUCGGACCAAAAGAUGCUGCGAACCACGUACGAAGAGUGUCGUCAGGACCGGAACCAGCAGCGGGUGGAGCGGCGGCCGGCCAAGCCACCGCGCUACCUCACACCACUGCAGGGUGUGCUGGUCAAACAGGGCGACACCGUCAACCUGGAGGGAGUCUACACAGGCUCCCCGCCCCCGGACGUCAAGUGGUUCAAGAGCGGUGUCGAGCUGGCGCCCGGCGACCGCGCCGUGACCUCGCACGACCAGAGCCGGGUCACGCUCACUCUGGAGCGGGUCACCGAGGAGGACGGCGGCCGCUACACCUGCACCCUCAGCAACCCGGCCGGCACGGCCACCAGCACCGCGGACAUCGUGGUGAAGACAGACCGUGUUCCCGCCGGUGUUCGACCACCGACUGAAGGCGCAGGUGGCCCGGCGGGCCAGCGGCUCUUCUUCGAGGCCACCGUGAGCGGCACGCCGCAGCCGGAGGUGGUCUGGACCAAGGACGGCCGGCCGCCCGACACUCAGCGCACGACCGUCAAGCGGGAGGGCACCCGGCACAUCCUGGCCAUCGAGAACGUGACCCCCGCCGACGCUGGCAAGUACAGCAUCCAGGCGACGAACGCGGGCGGCGAGGCCACCUCCAUCGCCGACCUGGUGGUGUCGGACGAGGUGCCGGUGCUGGUGGAGCGGCGCCUCACCACCCAGGACCUGUCGGAGCGCGAGUAUAAAGCGACGCUAGAACGAAACUCAGCGGUCUCGAAGGCGGCUGAGCCAGCGACGCAGCCUCCAGCGACGGUGCAGCCCCCAGAGCCCCUCCCACCCGUUCCGCAGCCCCAGCCCGCUCCUUCCGGGGUCAGGCAGGCCAUCUCAAAGAUCGAGCAGACGCAUCAGUCCAGCUCGUCGGAAGUGGUGCGGCACCCGCAGCCGGCCGCGCCAGCACCGAGGACGGUCCGGUCGCCGUCGCCGCCCCCCCGCCAGCAGACCCGUUCCACGGACGCCACGCAGGUGCAGAAGGAGCAGCGCAUGGUGACGAACAAGGUGACAGUCGACCUGCGCGACGCCGCACGGCCGGAGCGGCCCGUGGAGCGAGAGGCGAUCCCCGACACCCGGGCGGCCGUCACCGAGGGCAGGCAGGCGAAGGAGUCGAAGCUGGUCCAGCUGUCGGAGAUCGCGGCCAUCCCGCAGCCGCCGCCGGCCGGCAGGGCCGACGUGUGCAUGCCGAGUGCGCCGCCCGACCGGGUAGGAAAACACCUGUGGCCGCCGCUGAGCCGCCCCGCGGUACCUGCCUCCGCCCCUGUUCCCAAGGUCGCCCCCAAACCGAAGCUGACGCCUCCUGCGCCGACUCCGUCUCUGACGUACGUGUCCCACACCGGCCCGCCCGAGCACCAGCAGUACCCGGCACCGGCGCCCUCCCACACGGACCACACCUCCGUGUCCCGAUCGGAGACGACCACGACUGAGGAGCAGGUGACCAGCGUCACCAGCGUCACCUCGCGCCAGCAGCAGGAGCGGCCCGUGCCAGAGCCGCAGCAGCAGCGCCCCCGUCCGCCUGGGAAGCGGCUCUCCGACAUCAAGCGGCUGAUCGAGACACAGAUAGAGGAGGUGGAGACGAACGGCUCGUCGGCCGAGCUGCGCGGCGGCGUCUGCGUGCUGCCAGUACGCACGCCGGACACCGAGCCGCCGGAGCCGACGGUCAGCCCGCCGCGGCCGCGGCCGCAGUCGGCCGCCGCUGCGCCCUUCCAGCCGUUUCCUGACCUGGAGCCGUUCCCGUACGAGCCUGAGCGGCCGCGGCCGGCGUCGGCGCGCGCGGUGCACCCACCCCCCACGCCGACACGCUUCGUACCGGGCCGCUUCAGCGAGACCGACUACGAGAGCGACUUCGACGAGCGCAUCCCAACACGCUGGCAGGCGGAUGGCUACGAGUACAUCGACCGGCGCGAGAUCCAAGUGAGCUUGCCGGAGGCGGCGGCGCGGCCGGCGGCUCCGGACGCCAAGCCGCCCACGCCGCCGUCGCAGUUCGACACGCCGCCGCAGGUCGCGCGGCCGCCGCGGCCGCACGUCGACCUGGCCGCGCCGGUGGCGCGCGCGCCUGAGCCGCCGGCGGAGCGACCGCGCUUCACCAAGAAGACGCCCUUGGAGACGCCCUGGGUGCCGGUGAAGCGGGAGCGGGAGGUGGCGGCGCCGCCGCGACCGGAGCCGCCGCCGCCGCCGCAGCCCGUGACGCCGCAGCGGCCGGUGAGAGAGGCGGUGCAGCAGUGGCCGCCGCCGCCCGAGCAGCCAGACGCGGAGAAGGUGGCGCGAGAGACGCGCGAGGAGACGGUAGAGAGCGUCUCACAGCUGGAGCAAAGGACGUACAAGAAGCCGGCCUGGCCGCCGGCGCCGACCGUGCCGGACGGCGCUGCGGUCUCGGCGCCGACUCGGACGUCAAGGACGUCCGAGACCACCGAGAGCAUGAUGAAGCGGACAGAGGAGACGCAGCGGACGCAGCUGGGUGCGCCUCGGCCGCUGGUGCAGCCGACGGCAGUGCGGUCCGGCCAGCAGCAGAGCUCGCACACCGCCAGCAGCUCGGCCAGCCUCCACUCGGAGCGCACCGAGGUGCAGCGGCCGGCGGGCGCGGCUGAUGGUCCGGCACCGCCGCCCAGCUCCCACCCUCCUGCGCAGGCGACCACGGGCUACAGGCGCGUGGAGACACGCUACGAGAGCUCGUCGUACGAUAUGCGCGUGCAGAAAACGGAACUGAUGGGCCCUUCGGGCGUGCCAGCGUCGCCGGCCCGGCCUGCCGCGCUCACGUCGCCGCUCUCGGCUGCGUCGCCGGCGUCCCGGAGCACGUCACAAGUGCAGCGGACCACGUCGCUGGAGCGCGCGCAGACGCAGACGGCGGCAGCGCCGCCCGUCGCGUCGCCACGACCCGUGGUGACCUCGCCGCGGCCGGACGUGGCUCCCCGUCAGCCACAGCCGCAGCUCAGAACGCGCACACCGAGCGGCGCGUCCGACGCGCCGCGCGCGUUCUCGCCUCGCGCCACCCCCGAGGGCCUCAGCAUGCAGAAGAUGUGGUCGACCAAGAGGUCGGAGAAGCUGUCGAAGAUCUGGCCGCCGCCGCCGUCGGACGGCGACCGGCCGUCGGCGCCCGUGUGGAGUCAGCAGGACGCUGACCGGGACCGCCCCAUGUCCGCCAUGAGCUACGGCAGCAACAUGGAGGAGCGCGCCUACGAGGCCGGCUACACGUCUGACUUCGCUGGCUACGCGUCUGAGCCGGAGCUGGCGGCGCUGGCCGCUCGCCGGCCUGAGCCCUACAUCCAGCAGAAGCCGAAACCGGCGCAGACUCAGCAGAAAGCCGUGUGGCAGCAGCAGAGCAGCAUGCGCCAGGUGUCGCAGCAGCAGACGUCGGCGGCGCGGCCGCUGCAGGCGCAGCCGCCGCCGGCCGCCGCGGCGGGCGCCGAGCCGCCGGCGCCGGCGCCAUGGACGCCGUCCGGCCCGGCCACGGCCGCCACCUUCCGACCGGUGCAGCGGCCGUCGUCGUCUCCGCAGCGUCAUCCGUCGGGCCCAUCGGCCGGCGCCGCCCGCACCAGCGUGAUGACCACCAGCCGGCAGGAGUUCCACAGCCGGCAGACGCUGCAGCAGACCACGCAGUCGGCCGGGCCGCGAAUGCCUAGCCCGGGCCGCGGACAGGCGCCGGGUGGACCGCGGCUGCCCGGCGCCGUCAGCGUCAUGCCGCACCAGUCGCCACGCCCAGCCCGGCCCAUCCGGCCCAAGUCGCCGCUGGUGCUCAAGGCGACGCCGCCGGCGCGGCCGGCGCCGGCACCGGACGCCGGCGUCCCGUUCCAGCCGUUCCCCGAGCUGGCGCCGUUCCCGUACCGGCCGGAGGAGACGCAGGCGCGGCCGCCGCGCGGCCCGCCGCCGCGCAUGCCGUCCAAGUUCCAGAAGGGCGAGAUGCGCGAGUCUGACUACGAGAGCGACUACGAGGGUCGCAUCCCGGCGCGCUGGCGGCCGGCCGACAGCGGUGACGAGGAGCCGCAGUACCGAGGCGUGCGUGCGCCGCUGCCGUCGGCCUCGCCAAGUCCGGCCGCGCCCGGCGCCGCCGACUCGGACGUGAUGGGCAUCCCGCUGGCGCGGCCGCCGCCGCCGAAGUCGCCGCCGCGCGCGCCGCGUCGCAGCCCGCCGCCGCGCCGCAGCCCGCCGCCGCGCGCCGAGUACGCCGACUCGGGCUACACGGCGGACGCCGAGAACACGAUCCGCCGUCAGCGGGCGUCGCAGUACUCGGAGACGGUCGACCUCUCCUUCCAGUCACAGCGCCCUCUGGCGGACGGCGACGAGCCUCGCUCCGAGUCCCCCCUGUCCGUGUCCAGCGUCCCCGAGCAGGCGGCGGACGUGGCGCCGGCGCCGGCUCGUCGACAGGCGGAUGAGGAGCCAGGCAGCCGCGCUCAUGAGGCGGUUCUAGACAGCGCUGUGUCGUCGCUGGUCGGGCCGACGCCGGGGUGGGGCGAGCCGGCGGCGGCGGGCCGGCCGGCGCCCGCCCUGACCGGGGCCCCGCCGGCGGGCGCGCCGCCGCCGCUGACCGGCCACCGGCGCACCGAGACGAGUCACACCACAAGUCUGCGUUCGGUCACCGAGCAGCGCACGCGGCGCGUCGUCAACCUGGGCGACGUCCUCAGCCCGGACACGACGGUCAAGCCGGAGCCGCAGCUGCAGCCGCAGCCGCAGGCGGCCGUAGCUGGCUGUGACGUGCAGCAGUCGGCAGGCAGCGCGCUGCGCGAGUUCUCUGGCAGCGCUGAGACGGCUGUGGACAGUGGGCGGCCGCAGCCGAGCUAUAAACAGGUUAACAGCAGUGAGACGAUUGAGAGAGUGAGCCGGCAGCUGCAGCAGUCAGCACAGAGACAACCAUCGCCGCCGCGGCAGCUCGUGAAGAAAAGUGUCACCUCCACAGAAAGCAUUCACAGGCAGGUCAAAAAGUUUGAAAGCACCACUGAGCGUGCCGUGAAGAUUGGCGACGCUCCCAUCCUCCCUCAACAGCAAACAGGUGGCACCACAAGCACAACGACGCGAGAAAGUGCCCACAACGGCUUCAACCAGAUCCAGACACGCACCGAAGCCGCCAAGCAGCCCGAGCCGGGCCCGGAGCCGGCGCCGUCGACGCAGAGAGGGUCGGUGACCACGACGAUGACGUCACAGCUGAGCAUGCAGCGCACAACCCUCAGCUCGCAGACGGCGGGCGGCGGCCCGGCGGCCGAGUCGGCGCCGAGCGAGCCGGAGCCGACGCGCGGCCGCGGCCGCGCCCGCACCCGCGCCGUCCAGCCCUCGCCGCCGCGCGCGCCUACCAAGUUCAUCCCCGGCGAAAUGCGCGAGUCCGACUACGAGAGUGACCUGGAGACACGCAUCGUGGCUAAGUGGCAGCCGAGCCCGGAGCGCGGCGCCGGCCAGCCGGGCUACCGGCGCGUGUCGUGCCCGUCGCCGCGCACCGGGCCCGCCUCGCCCGGCCGGCACCGCUCGCGCUCGCCCACGCCUCCCUCGCGCUUCGAGCAGCCGGCGGCAGCGGCGGCGCGCCGGCCGCAGGAGGCCUCGCCGUCUCGCAUCCCGCGCUUCUCGCCACAGGCGGCUCGCAAGGGGCUUCCCGGGAAGUCCGUUGAGGAGCCGCCGGCGCGCGCCGGCCUGGCCGCGGCGCCGGAGCCGGGGGCGUGCCGCGAGACGACGCGCACGAGUAGCCACCUCAGCCGGCGCACCACCACCGAGAGGAGGGAGACCACCCGCGCCACUAAGAUUCCUUCGCCUUCUCCUCCACCGACAUCUCGCACGCGUCAGCUUGUUCAGCAGCAGCAGCAGCAACAGCAACAGCAACAGCAACAGCAACAGCAGACUCAGCCUCAGACAAUACACCACCAUGUGCAGCAGGAGCAGAGCGAACAGCAGCCAGCGCGAAUCCAACAGGAAAGUCAUCACCUUCAGCAAACACACUUCACUCGCAUCGAGAGCAGCCGGCAGCUUCAGGAGCAGCAGCAGCGCACACAGAUCGAGCGUCCGUAUCAGCAACAGCAACAGGAGGCGUGGCUACAAAGCCAACAACCGCAGCUUCAGCAGGAGCAGCAGCAAACGCAGACGCAGCCUCAGAGCCUCUGUCGUCAGCAGCAGCGGAAGGAGGAGACGCGUCUGCAGACGGCACGCGAUGAGAGACUGGCGGUCACUGAAUCGCACCCUCCCAAGCUGUCAGAAGACCAUUCGGCCUCGCGGACAAACCGUACAGAGGCGUUGUCUCAGGAGCUCAGCGACAUGAAGCGGACGUUCAACUCUAAAGUGCAGCGACUGUCGGAGGAGGUGCGCUCCGAGAUGGGUGGACGGCAGCCAGCAGCUACAGAAGCCAGCCGAACGGCAGCGGAUGGUACCCGAACGACUGCGGGUGGUACCCGAACGGCUGCGGAUGAUACCCGAACGGCAGUAGACGGCCCGGCGCCCGCCACCAACGGACAGACAAUGGUCUACCGCAACGAGGACCGUGUCCGAGACUGCAGUACGAAGCACGUCGACGAAGGCUCAGGUCUGAUCUACUUCAAGUACGACUUCGGCUACGAGUUUGGCGUGCUGCAGCCGGGGGCGGCGCGGCCAGCGGCGGCGGCCGCUCCCGCGCGCGAGGCGCCUGGCCUCGAGGUGACCGUGGAGCGGACGCGCGGCGCCACCACGCCCGUGCCGCCGGCUCAGGAGCUCGACGGCGCGCAGUUGGACGACCUGGUGACGGCCGGCCGGCUGCGGCCCGAGAGCGCCUUCGGCACGCGCACGCCGCCCAACGUGCUGGUCAGCUACCCGGUCACGGACGGAGAGCGUUCGGACGGCGAGGAGGUGGCAGGGUCGGCCGGCCGGCGGCGACAGCACCUGCGCAGUCCGGCCGCCGCCGGCGACACCGACCAGCCGUCGCCGCGCGCGCCCGUGCUGCUGCGCCCCCUCUCCGACGUGUACGUGCACCGCGGCGACAGCAUCGAGCUCAAGUGCAUGGUGGACGCGCUGCCGGAGCCGCGCGUCACCUGGUACAAGGACAGCCGCGUGGUGGGCGUCGGCGCCGGGCCGCCGUACCGCACCUCCGUCGAGAGCGGCAUCUGUCGGCUCAGUGUGCGAGAGGCGUACGCAGAGGACGCUGGCCUCUUCCGCUGUGUGGCGGCCAACGCUCUGGGUUCGGUGUCGACGGAAGCCCUGGUGUGCGUGGCAGGUGAGAAGUGAGCGCGCCCCGCCGGCGGGUGUUGUCCCGUUCGCCACCGUGCCGGGUCAGGAUGGGACGGGGCGGGCAAGCCGCGGUGGACCGGUGUAUGAGUCCUGUCGGACCUCCGGCCGGCUGGUCCCCGCGAGUCCCGCCGGUGGUCUCCGUGUGCGGGCGCGGACAGAGGGAGCCAGUGCGCAUGCGUGACCGUCAAGCACCGCUUGCUGCUUAAGCUCUGUAGACGACUGCUAGUCAGAUUUCCAUACGAGGCGCGGAUGGGGGUGUACUCUGAGUAGCGCGGUUGAUGUGAGGUGCCAUCGUUGCCAGACGCGUGUGCGUUACCGACGAGUUUGCUUCGUUGUCGACUUGGCUUCAGCCUGCGGGCAGCUAGUUUACGUUGUACAUACAUGUGGAAUGUUGUGUGUUCACGAUACGCACAGCGACUCUAGGCCUCUGUGUCACUCUGCACCUGUGACGUUUGUGUCGGUCUGCAAGAUCUGUAGCCCACGUGGCAUCGGCUGGACCCAGUAUCUGCACUGGCAUUGUCUCGCCGCACUUUUUCUCCCUGGCGAUCGGCUUCAGUCUGCGUCUUACUCGAAUCAGCGUUUGGGCAGCGUGUCUGUCCUUACUAAUGCAAUCAGCAACUCCCGGAAGCAAUGAUGCUACUGAUGUUGUGGUCGUGUUGUUAGCAAUACAUGAUAAAAUGGA